CUUUCAGUCCAGUUCAGUUUGCAACACGUUCGCGUUCGCAUGUGUUUGCGGCAGUUUAUUUCCGCUCGAUUUGCGAUUCGAUAUCCGUUACUGCCGUUGGGCGCAAAACUGUAGGCAACACUUUCUGCAGUGCCGUCGGAAAAGCUGAUUUUUCGGAUAGAAAACUGUGUUGGUGAAAACAAUAAUGAAUGUCCCGAGAACUGAUAAACUCACGCUUGGAUUAACUUUUGAUUUUAUUACAUCUGCAACUUAAAUCGAUCUAAUUAGAAUUCCAUUGGCCUAAAAGAGUGACCUGGAAUCCCGAGGGACAGCGGGAGAAGGCGGACGACAACUCGGAGACAGUGGCAAAUACCUAAGCAUGCUGCAGAAUCCUUCCAAAUAUCACGCAAAUCCCUUGUCGCACUUCCUGGCAUUGCAUAACACACAAGCCAGUGGCAGCGGCGGGGCAUCGGCGGUCGCUGGACUUGGAGCUUUGGGUGGGGGCAUCCAUGCACAUGGUCAACCGCAUCAUGCGGCGCUGGCAGCGGCUGCUGCAGCGGCGGUUGCCGUCUCGGCGGGUCAAAGUUCCUACCAAAUGGAGCACCAGCAGCAGCAACAUCAUCAGCUGCAGCAGCAACAUCAUCAUCAGCAGCAGCUGCACACCCACCACCAGGAUGGCCACCACCCACACCCACACCCACCGACACCCACCACCGGCAAUAGCAACAACAAUAGCAACAGCAACAGCAGCCACAACAGCAACAGCAACCACCGGGAACAGUUGGCGGCGGCAGCCACUGCGACGUCGCACGCGCAGCUCAUCGAGGCGGCAGCGGCGCAUUCCUCCCUCGACGUGGGCAAGUCCUUCACCAUCGCCGCCAUUUUGGGCCUGCAGAGCCAACGCAAGGACUACAACAAUGCCAUCAAUCUCUCCCUGCACGACAACAACAACAUCGGCGACGACAACAACAACGGCAGCAGCAACAGUGGCAACAACAACAGCCACAGUGUAAACAACUUCAAUUGUGAUAGUGGUGCAGGCAGUGGACGAUACCUGCACGGCGGACACCAGCAUCCACAUCCUCACCAGGCAGGAUUUGCGGCCGUUGCCGCCGCCGUCGGAGCAGCUCCCUCCGCCCUGCAGAGCCUGCAGCAGCUCCACCAGCAACACCACGCCCAGCAACAGGCCUCCCUAAGCUUUCAGCGGGAGAAACUCAAGUCGGAAUCGCACAAGAAGAGCGCGCUGAAGAACAAGCGCGUGCGGACAAUCUUCACGCCGGAGCAGUUGGAGUGUCUGGAGGCGGAGUUCGAGCGCCAGCAGUACAUGGUCGGCCCGGAGAGGCUCUACUUGGCCCACACACUAAAGCUGACGGAGGCUCAGGUGAAGGUGUGGUUCCAGAACAGGCGGAUCAAGUGGCGCAAGCACCACCUGGAACUGACACAACAGCGGCUGGCUCUGAUAAGGCAAACUCAACUGCCAGGUACGUCUAUCCUGGGCAAUCAAGGGUCCGUGGCGGCAAACGCGGCCCACUCUGCGUCCACGGAUCGCACAAACGGAUGCAGUGCAGCCUCGCCCAACCUGCAAGAGGAGGAAAACGAGGACAGCAAGCACUCGCUGUCGCUUUCAGGAGCAUUGCCGCCGCUGAGUCGAGCGCAGUCCGAGUCGGAUCUGUCCAUCUGCAACGAUUCCCUGGACGGCGACAGCCUCAUGGACGGCAGCGAGGAGGCUUAAAUACCGUGCCAGUGCAAAGUCAGUUUCCUGUAAAUAUAGUCAAAUAAAUAUGUA